AUGGUCUCCAUGGCCGCCGCAGCAGACGACGACCACGACCGCCGCCGCAUCGCCAACCUCUCGCCGUCUCCCUCGGACGCCCCGGCUCCCGCGCAGCCGCACCGCAGGCGGCUCCACAGCUUCUCCUUCCCCACGCUCAGCUGGGGCACCCACCGCCUCCUCCGGUGCUCCAAGGACCCCGCCUCGGCGCCUCCGCCUCCGCCUCCGCACACCCCGUCCCCGGACAAGGAGAUGGCCCGCCGCUCCACGGAUGGCGGUGCCGGAGGCGGUUCGCCCCAGCGCCCCCCUCAGCGGCCCUGGAACCUCCGCACCCGCCGCUCGGCCACUGCCGCGCCCGGUGCGGUCGGGCCGGAGGCCGCGGCCGAUGCUGCGGCGGAGCAUGCGCCAGCGCGGCCUGCGCAGAAGCGGGGGUUUUCCAUCGUGCUGUCCAAGGAGGAGAUCGCCCAGGACUUUGCCUUCUUCCGCGGCACGCGACCCCCGCGCCGGCCCAAGAAGCGCUCUCGCCCGAUGCAGCGCCAGCUCGACUCGCUGUGCCCUGGAUUGUCCCUAGUGGAUUUGACGCCGGACUCGUACAAGAUCGAGGAGAGGUGA